GCGUCUCCGCCUUCGCGACGAGGACCCGGGAGGGCGUUGAGCGCGCUCCCCGCGGCCCCGGAAUGACUUCUCCGGGCUCUCCGCUGGCGCCUCUGCUGCUCCUCUCUCUGCACGGUGUCGCAGCUUCCCUGGAAGUCUCUGAGAGUCCUGGGAGUAUCCAGGUGGCCCGGGGCCAGACGGCAGUCCUGCCCUGUACCUUCACUACCAGUGCUGCCCUUAUUAACCUCAAUGUCAUUUGGAUGGUCAUUCCUCUCUCCAAUGCGAACCAACCUGAGCAGGUCAUCCUGUAUCAGGGUGGACAGAUGUUUGAUGGUGCCCCCCGGUUCCAUGGUAGGGUAGGAUUUACAGGCACCAUGCCAGCCACCAACGUCUCUAUCUUCAUUAAUAGCACUCAGCUCUCAGAUACAGGCACCUACCAGUGUUUGGUCAACAACCUUCCAGAUAGAGGGGGCAGAAACAUUGGGGUCACCGGUCUCACAGUUUUAGUUCCCCCUUCUGCCCCACACUGCCAAAUCCAAGGAUCCCAGGAUAUCGGCAGCGAUGUCAUCCUGCUCUGUAGCUCAGAGGAAGGCAUCCCUCGGCCAACUUACCUUUGGGAGAAGUUAGACAAUACCCUCAAACUACCUCCAACCGCCACUCAGGACCAGGUCCAGGGAACAGUCACCAUUCGGAACAUCAGUGCUCUGUCUUCAGGCCUGUACCAGUGCGUGGCUUCAAAUGCCAUCGGAACCAGCACCUGUCUGUUAGAUCUCCAGGUUAUUUCACCCCAGCCCAGGAGCAUUGGACUAAUAGCUGGAGCCAUUGGCACUGGUGCAGUUAUUAUCAUUUUUUGCAUUGCACUAAUUUUAGGGGCAUUCUUUUACUGGAGAAGCAAAAAUAAAGAGGAGGAGGAAGAAGAAAUUCCUAAUGAAAUAAGAGAGGAUGAUCUUCCACCUAAAUGUUCUUCUUCUGCCAAAGCAUUUCACACCGAGAUAUCCUCCUCAGAGAACAACACAUUGACCUCUUCCAAUACCUACAACAGUCGAUACUGGAGCAACAAUCCAAAAGUUCCCAGGAACACGGAGUCAUUCAACCACUUCAGUGACUUGCGCCAGUCUUUCUCUCUCCACUCAGGCAAUGCCAACAUCCCAUCCAUAUAUGCUAAUGGGACCCACCUGGGCCCAGCUCCACAUAAGACUCUGGUAGUGACAGCCAACAGAGGGUCAUCCCCGCAGGUCAUGCCCAGGAGCAAUGGCUCAGUCAGCAGGAAGCCUCGGCCUCAACACACACACUCGUACACUGUCAGCCAAGCAACACUAGAGCGAAUUGGUGCGAUCCCUGUCAUGGUGCCAGCCCAGAGUCGGGCCGGCUCCCUGGUAUAGUACCUGAGUGGAUAGAGCGUUCAGAAAAGAAUCAGUGGAGUACCCCAUGCAGAGGGAGGGCGGGGUGAGCAAGUGCUGGGAAAGAAGUGCUUUCCUUAUAAGGAUACUAGUAAAAAAGCACAAAGGAAAAGGCAAUGCUGUUUGUUACCUGGCCAGUGAAAUUUGUGAAAUGAACUGGAAUUCUUCAUCUUGAAGACUCGUUUCCCCACCACAGAUGUUCCAGCAUUCUAUUCAAAAAACUGGUUCUCAUAGAUGUGCCCAGCCAAGGAAAAAGAUACAAGAGCAGACUAGCACUUAAAACCCAAACUGCAGUCCAGAUGGGCUUGUUCUUUAAUUCAUGCCUAACUUAAUAAUUUUUGAAGAGACUCAAGUGCCAGGUGAAGUUUAAAUAAUGAAAUUAUUUAAAAAUAUAAUUAUCUUUCAAAAAAAUAAUGAGCAACCCUGGGAUCAUCACGGUUCCCUUGUUAUCUAGAGGACUUAGUGGCAUGAAUGGUUCAUAUCGGUCCCAAGAGGGCUGGCUCUUGUAUCCUAGAAUCAAAACUUUUUUACGCAAACAAAAUUUGGUAAGAAAUUGGGGAAAACAAAAGAAACUUCUCUGAGAAGCCCCUUCCUAUUUAUUUAUUUAUGUGUUCCUAAACCAUGAAUUUCAUAUUUGGAAUAUUGCUAUAUGACAGAUUCUUGCCUGUCUGCAUUUUUCUAGGGUCUGUUCUGGGUCCGUGACAAUUAUUGUUCAUUAUUUCCUGGAAAAAUAUUUUUUUAAAAGAAAACUCUUGUGGGUUUUUUGUUUUUUGUUUUU